GCUUGGUAACCGUUAGCGUCGCCGGAGCUGCCGGCUCCAUACAUGCCCUAAAACUACACCUAAAGCUUCUUUUCCUGGAGAUUUAAUCAUUUAAAGCCUCAUUUAUACCCACCAAAGAAACAGGAUAUUACUUUUUUUCAAGCGUGGCCCGUUACCAAAACUACUUAGCAGCCAUUAGCACGUAGCAACCUAGCAGCUGUAGCGGCUAACGUGUUUUUUAAAUGUUUCUUUUACAUCAUUUCAGCCUCAAGUAAGCAUAAAACUUACUAAAAAUGGGAGGCAUCUCCAUCCUUUGCAUCUUUUAAGAUGACAGCCUUCUGCCGUGGAUUAUUGGUGCUUUUGUGCUCAGAAUGAGAGACAAUAAUGUACCUGAGGAUGCCGACAGGGGAGAGUGAAGAUCGGGCAAAGACCCGGGACAGAUUUAAUGAGGUGUUCAAGAAAUAUACCGACGCAGAGAAGAAGAAGAAGUCAAAGAAGACGAGCAACGAAGCAAAGGAGACUAUUGUGCUCCAGAAUUUGAAGAAGAAUCUGAACCACGAGAAGGACCCGGAGGACGAUGAGACGAUCCUGCAGAACACGUACGAUCCUGAGCAGGGCAGCCCUCGCUAUACCCAGAAUAAAAGGAGGGAGAGGGAAACAGCAGAGGAGAUUAAUGCUAACAACAACAGAAACCAAGAUGAGGCAAGAACGUUAAAAGCUAAGAGUAAGAGUCGGAGACAACUUCCUCCCCUGACUCUGCACAAGGACACAGGUCACUUCCAGGGAGACACCGACGCGUCUAAGUCUGAAAGCGCUGUGGAUGCAGAUGAUGCCGGAGGCAGAAGGGAACCAAAACGGAGAAGUAAAAAGGGAAAGGGGAAGAGAAGCACGGAGGCUACAGGCGAGAGCCAAGUGGAGGAAUCAGAAGAUCAGCUUCUCCACGAAUAUCAGCAGAAGAUAGCACAGGAGGAGGAGAGGUCGAGUUUGAAGAAAACCAGGACUAAGGAUGAAGAGGAGAGCUACAUCUCAACAAACUCCAGACUAAAUAACGAUACGGGGAAGAAGAAAAAGAAAAAGCUGAAGUCUGUCGUCACGGAGUCAGAUUUAGGGGACCAAGAUGAAGACUUCGGCCAGGAUGCUGAUGUGGAGAAUGAAUCCAAAGGAAAGAAGAAAAAGAAGAAGAAAAAGCAUGUUGUCAAAGACGAGAGCGAGACGGAGCCAGAAGCAGCUCAAAGGUUUGACGACAGCCUCGUGCUGGGCGUCUUCAUCCACAGAACGGAUCGCCUCAAGACGGACUUACUGAUGUCACACCCCAUGGUGAAGAUCCACGUGGUGGACGAAGUGACGGGGCAGUAUGUGAAGAAAGAUGACUGCCACCGGCCCGCCUCUUCGUUUUACGAGCGCGAGAACGUCGACCACGUCCUCCCCAUCAUGACCCAACCUUUCGACUUCAAGAAGAACAAGUCCAUAAUCCCCGAGUGGCAGGAGCAGAUCAUUUUCAACCAGCGUUUCAGUUACUUUGUUCAGCAGGCGGAAGAAAGCCCCAAAGUCGUACUCUUCUUCGAAAUUCUGGAUUUCGUGACGAUGGAGGAGGCGAGAGCCAACGCUGACGUCGACCAGCACGAGCAGGGAUUUAGAAAGAUCGCCUGGGCUUUUCUGAAGCUCGUUGGUACAAACGGGGUCCUCAACGUUGACAGCAAACUUCGCCUGCAGCUCUUCUGCCCUCCACUUCGGACCAAGAGACAAGCUAAGACAAUAGAGGUGGUGGAGUGGUGGAGGAAGUCCCCGAGAACCAAAUACACAUCCACCCUUUAUGUCACGGUGAAGGGGAUCAAACUCCCGGAGCACGUGGACCCCAGCAUCCGGUCCAUGAUGGCGCUGCAGGAGGAGAGAGGCAGCACCUCCUACAGCGAGCUGCAGAACGAGGCCACCAAGCGAACCCUGACAGAACCGACCAGCAGCAGCAGCAUCGGCAAGCAGCCGACUCUGAGAUGGAGCCGGCUGCCCGGUCAGAUGUGUCGGGUUCCUAACAAGCACGUCCUGGCGUUUCGUGGCGGUCAGAUGGGAUGUCUCACCGUGCUGUUCUCUCACGCUGGAACCAUCCUGGCUGCAGCUUGUGCAGAUAGAGAUGCUUUCCCCGUUGUAGUGUAUGAGAUUCCCUCCGGUAAAGUGUUGGCUGCUUUCAGUGGACAUCUGAAAAUCGUGUACGACCUCUGCUGGUCCAGAGACGACCGGCGCCUGCUGUCGGCCUCCUCCGACGGAACCGUGAGAGAGUGGGACGUGGAGCGGCUCCAGGGUGCGGCCCACAAGGUGCUCCCUCACCCGUCCUUCGUGUACUGCGCUCAGUACCACCCCGGCGCCCAGAACCUGGCGGUGACCGGCAGCUACGACUGCCUGGUGCGCGUGUGGAGGCUGGACGUCAGCGACGUGAACGGCCAGCUGCUGCGGGAGCUGGAGGGUCACGCAAGCUUCAUCAACUCAGUCUGCUUCGACUCGGAAGGAACCAGAAUGUUCUCUGCAGACAACACGGGCCUCAUCAUUGUGUGGAAAACAUCGGUGAACGAGGGCCGGCCGCGGCAGCAGCCGUGUCGUCACUGGUCCCUGGAAAAGAAACUCCAGGAGAGCGACCUGAGCGGCGUCCCGGUCAACAUGCUGCAGCUGCACCCGAACGGCCGCUGCCUGCUGAUCCACGCCAAGGACAGCGUCCUGAGGGUGAUGGACCUGAGGAUCCUGGCGGUGAAGAAGUACACCGGAGCCAUAAACUACCGAGAGAGGAUUUACAGCACCUUCACCCCAUGUGGGAGUUUCAUUUUCUCUGGGAGUGAGGACGGGAUGGCGUACGUCUGGAAUACUGACACAGGAGACCAAGUGGCGGUCUACUCGGAGCUUUGUUACCCCACUGCCCUCCACGGCGUCGCUUUCCACCCUCACGAGAACAUGGUCGCUUUCUGCGCCUUCGGUCGGAGCCAGCCGGUGCACGUGUACCUGCACGAUCGCAAAGUUUCCCAGCUGGAGAUGCAGAGCAUCAAAGCCGCCAGCAGGUCGGUGUCUGCAGACACCUGGACCUUCAGAAACACGCCCGACCUCGCCACGCUCCGCGACACGUCUGCUUCCUCGGCCUUGGACCAGUUCGCCCACGCGGCCAGACUCGCACUGAAGAUGCAGUCUGUCAAGGAGCAGCUGGACUCAGUUCUUGUAUAUAUGAUCACGGUACUGAAAUUAAUUCAUAUAAGAUAUACUCCUACAACAUCACGUUUGGUUGAUCUUCUACUAGUAUUUCUUUAUAUAAAUGCUUUGUUUUAUCAUUUAUCAGACAAAUCAGGCCUCAGUCACACAGGAAGGAGCUUUGCAUCUGAUACGGGCGCAAUGGGAUUAAACGCCUCGCUGCCGUCUCCAUCCCUCCUGUCACCGCACUCCAGGCUGCAGGUCUCCGGCUCGGUGGCAGAGCAGCUGAUCCCCCAGGCAGCUCUGAACUCGCAGCACCGGGGAUUCAGUCCGGUCGGUCAGCGUCCAAAAGGGUCUUUUAAACUACAAACGACUCCUGACCGCCUGGCUCCGGGAGUCCACAUGGAACCAGAGUCUGGUCGGGUCCAGCAGGUGGUCGUUUCCCUCUUUGACUACAAAGCGGCUCGGUCUGACGAACUGACGAUUCGCCGCGGCGACGUCGUCCAAGUUCUGUACAAGGACAACGACACCUGGUGGUUUGGGCGGCUGGUCAGCGGGGUGCAGGGAUACUUUCUGGCUUCCUAUGUAGUAGAUCAGAGAGAUUUCAGUGGAGAGUCUGCAGCUUUGCCCAAGGAAGCUGCUGAAAGAUCAACACCGACCCGGGUUUCUGCUGCGGUCAGUUCUUCCGGGGAGCUCCGGUUUCUCUCCGAGCCGAACCUCUCGGACACCGAUCCCGAGCUGGGCGGCACCAGAAGUAGAAGGAAGAAGAAGGUGAAGAAGCCAGGAGUCCCUGCGGCGUCGUUCCGGGCCACGUUAUCAGAAGCAGACGCUUCAGAGUCGACCACAACCAGCCGGAGAGAGAGAUCCGCGGACCGGCCUCUCCCUCAGAGGCCGACCGGCCACUCCAACGGUGCCUUUGAGCCGGACGCGUGAAGCCGUGGACGAGCAGGAGGCUUCUUCCCUCAGUCGUCGUCAUCGCAAGGUGUUUUUC